UUAGAAUCCAACUGGUGAACGGGAGAGGAUCGCGCGCGCGCCACGGAAUACCGUUCUCGUUGUUGGCAAAGAUAAACAAUGGACGGGAAUACACGCUGCGUUCGAUGCGCAAAAGGAGUGCGCGUCACAAUAUUUUCGCAGCAUUGCGUAGCGUCGCGCACGUUUAUCCUUCUGUUGUGUUGUUGUAUUGAAUAAGUAACUUGCUGUCGCCGAUUGCUGAUUAUUGAACAACAUGAAGCUUCUCACGCACAAUAUGUUAACGUCCAAGUGUCUGAAAGGUGUUACUGUUGGUUAUCCUCUGAAAAUCAUCGCGAGGGAUAUCAAGGUAUCUGAAGUAGACUUUAAUUCAGAUUUUAUCGCUAGGAUAAUCCCCAAAUUAGACUGGACAGUACUGUGGAAAGCUGCAGAGAGUAUAGGACAUGUUGGCGAGUUACCUCAGAUUUUAAUAGAGGAUUUUGAGUCAAACGAAGACUUUUUGAAAAAGGCUCAUCAUGUUCUAUUGGAGGUUGAAGUUAUAAAUGGAGACUUAUUGUGUCCAGAAUCUGGCAGAAAAUUUCCCAUCAACGAUGGAAUUCCAAAUAUGCUUUUACAUGAACACGAGGUUUAAAUAAGGGAUAUUAAAUAAUUUACAAAUAUUUAUGUCACUGUUUCUUUUCAACUCAGAUUGUUAUAUAUUUAGUAUAUAACUCCAUUACGACUUAUGUUAGACUAUUUUUUUUUUACAUAAUUAAUAUGUUUAAUAGCAACGAAAAAAGAAACUAGAUGAUGAGGUCAUUUAGUAUAUUGUAAAUGAGUUUACAAAACUUACAUCUGUAUUACUUAUAUCUGUGACAAAAGGCUCAAAAUAAUUUAUAAAAUAUAUUAAAAAUACUAAGUAUCAUUUCACCGAUAUUAUUCUUUAAUACGUUAAAGAAUGAUUUCGUAAUGCCAUGAGCCAGUAGUAUUCAAGCAAGUUUCAGCAGGGGUGCUAUUACGGCCGAAACUGUUUGUUCAUUUAUAAACGAGAAAAAUUCGCCUUAUUUGACCGGCCUAUAUAAUGUAUAACUUACAAAUUGGUUGCCCUUAUAAAUGUGGGUAUAAGUGACUUUAUUAAGUUAGAUUAUUGCAUAUGUAAUAUGAUUACAGAUAUUUUAUUGCACAGAUAUGUCUAGAGACAAUGGGAUACAAUUUUUUUUUGUAUCGUUUGCAAUACAUAACAUACAACAUUUUUCAUUUACAUCACGUUUAUAUUGCUACUUAGAUAAUCCGCCCGGAUAUUAUUUACUCCAUUAUCUGAGUGCGACGUUCUAGGAAUGUAACAUUUUGAUACAGUUGUUUCCCCUCAGCUAUAGAGCAUAGCAAAUCAUUGUAGCAAUAUUACAGUGAAAUAUAUUAAAUUAUAAGUAGAAUAGGGGAUAUUUCAAUAUAUGUUUUCUUUGGAUAAUAGAUAAUACUGAUUAAUAUAUGAAAAAUAUGCUUAUUGACAAAAUAUUUAUUCACAUGUAUAAGACAGUUGCCUUGGAACCAGUAAUUUAAACUUGAACUAUGAAGCAGCCGGAGUUACCCGUGUCUCCAUAUGUAAAGAAUUAUAAUGAUCUGUUAAUACAAGAGAACAUUCCGUUGAGACUAAUUUCUUAAAGUACGUAUGUAAUAGCAUAAAAUGACCAAUACCUAUUGCACAAAACCCUUUGUGACACUUAAUUCGUUAUCUAUACAGUAAUGAAACAAGUGUUGAACAUUAUUUUAUUCUGCAAUUAAAAUGUCUCCUACAAGACAUGGAGAGAGAAAUUGAAGAUAGAUGAGUGUGAAUUGAGAUAUUAAAAAUAUAACUAUUGCUAUCCGUUUUGAUGCACAUUUUAAAUGUAGAAAUCUGACAUCGGUAAAUAAUACUUUCCCCAUCUGAUGGAAUCAUACAUGUAAACGGGUAUAUUCGAAAAGAUGCUUUUAAUUGAAAAUGGCUAAUGUUAUUUGAAGGUCGUGUGUAUUCUAUUUAUACAUAUUAGUUUUCUGUACCAAUGGCAAUGCUCAAAAUAUAGUCAAAAUAUAUUACUUUA